CGGCGGCGGGCGGCGGCGGUGGCGGUGGGAGGACUCUGUGACGGCGACGCCAUGUUGGUGAGGGCAAUAACGGCGCCCGGGCUGCGCCGGUGGUGCCGGGGCCAGCGGGGCGCGGCCGCCGCCUGUUUCCCGCUGGGCCGGGCGCUGCUGGGCGUGAGGGGCGCCGAGGCCGCCGCCUUUCUGCAGGGGCUGCUCACCAAUGACGUCACGCAGCUGGUGGCAGAGGGCGACGCCCCCCCCGCGCUCUACGCGCACGCGCUGAACGUGCAGGGCCGCUGCCUGUAUGACGUCAUCCUGUACAGGCUCCACGAGAGCACAGCAGAGGAGCCUCACAUCCUGCUGGAGUGCGACAGCAGCGUCCUGGACUCCAUCCAGCAACACCUGAAACUCUACAAGAUCCGCAGGAAAGUCACCAUCAGCCCCUGCCCCGACCUCUCCCUGUGGGCUGUCAUCCCUGGGGACACCAGCUCCCUCCCCAAAUGUGCAGACCAGGCUCUGCUCCUCACCCCUGACCCCAGGGCAGAAGUCAUGGGCUGGAGACUGAUUGCAAAGAAAGGAGCAAAUCUGUCAGAGAUUAUCCCUGGGAGCCAAGUUGGAGAUGUUCAGGAUUACCACAGGCACAGGUAUAAACAAGGGAUCCCUGAAGGGGUGAAGGAUCUCCCGCCUGGAGUCGCCCUGCCGCUGGAAUCCAACCUGGCCUUCAUGAACGGCAUCAGCUUCACCAAGGGCUGCUACAUCGGCCAGGAGCUGACAGCCAGGACCCACCACAUGGGCGUGAUCCGCAAGCGCCUGCUGCCCGUCACCUUCCCGGGGCCCCUUCCCCCUGCUGGCAUCCCCGAGGGGGCCGAGAUCCUCACCCAGGCAGGAAAACGUGCUGGAAAGUUCCGUGCUGGAGGAGGAGAGCUGGGCAUAGCCCUGCUGAGGCUGGCUCACCUCCAUGAGCCGCUCUGCAUCCCCCUGGCAGGGGACAGGGUGGAGCUCAGGGCCACCACGCCCGAGUGGUGGCCAAAAGGGGCUGCUAAGUAAGGUGAGGGAGCAGCUUA